ACGGACUUUCGCCAGCCCACCAUAUCAAAUCCCCCUUGUUUCCUCUCCCCAGUUCUUCGACCUUCUCGGCGAUCUCGAUCGAUGGCGGCGGAGGCGGAGGCGGAUGCGGAAAGCGUACUUGCGCGCUUCGAGGAGCUCCUGCGGAGGGCGGGUGGCGACGAGCGGCGGGAGAUCAGCUUCUUCCCCGUCGUCUUCGCCGUGGUUGGCGCGCCUGCCGCGGAGGGGGCUGCGCCGGGGCUGGAGCGGGUCGUCAUGUUCAACCCGCUCACCCGCCGGGUGGUCAUACUCCAGGGCGACCCGGCGCUGCUCUCCGAGCUGAUCUCCCCAGAGCCGGCGGCCGGCGGCGGAGGCCCUCCGCCGGCCUCCAAGGCCUCGAUCGAGGCGUUGAGGACGGUGGAGCCAGGCGAGGAGGACGCGGGCGAGGAGUGCCCCGUGUGCCUCGACGGGCUGGGGGGCGGCAGGGGGGCGGCUUCAGAUGAGGGCGCGGUUCCGCCGUCGGUGAGGGAGAUGCCGUGCAGGCAUCGGUUCCACGGCGGGUGCAUCGAAAAGUGGCUGGGGAUGCACGGAUCCUGCCCGGUGUGCAGGUACCAAAUGCCGGCGGAGGAGGGAGAGCCAAAGACCAUAGGCGACGCCGGAAGGGAGAGGACUAGGGAGCUGAUCAUUACGGUAGCAUUUGGAAGAAGGGAUGAAGGAAUCGAUGAACAAUAAGAUCAAGAACAACAAGAAGAAGGAAUCAAUGUACAUAGAUAGUGAUUGGGGAGGUGAUGAUUGUGGAAGAAACUAUUCAUUUGUCUGAUUAGGACUCUUCGUUCAACACAGUGCCUUCAAUUUUUUUUGCUCUAAAGACUUGGGGACUUGGUUGAAAGAUAAAAAUCUGAGGUCGAAGACAAUCUAAAUCCAUAUUUGGAUAACCAGAUGAGAUCAAAGACAAAAGUUUCACUUGA